GUUUUUGCUGGGUUGAUGGAAAAUCGCCUCUUCAUCUCUCUGAUGAUUCUCUCUUCAGCUCGCCAGUCAUCAUCAGGCCUAAGAUGCACGACAGUGUUCAUGUCUCUUGACGUCACAUCCUCAGCCAGGUUAUGGAUACUCUGAAACUCAAAGUGCAUGGCUCAGGCUAUGACUCAGCCUUGCAAGGCCUCCACAUGGAAACAGCAUGGAUGGAUGUUGAUCUCCCAUGCGGGAACAAGCCCGGAGCAGAUUCAACGGCUGUCAUCUUUGGUAGUCCACAACCCUCUCAAAAUGAAGCUGAUGAAAGUGCAUGCCAAGCAGUCCUAAAUUACUAUUGUAACGCUAGAGAUGUCACCAUCGAUGACUUCAGUCAUAGUGUGCUGAAAAUGAAACAAGAAGAACUGGAUGCAAGCAAGUUUUUCUGUGGGGCCAUGCAGGACAAAGUGGUUCGUCUGGUUUUGGAACGCGAUGCCGCGCUUGCUGCUGUUCAAAGCAACAAACAGAACACAUAUGUCAAGGUCAAUGGUCUGAGUGAAACUUUCAUCAAGAAGAAACAAGACCAGCUCAACAAUGACUUCUUCUAUGAGAUCCUGCAAGAGGAAGUUAGCAAUCUGCUUAAAGACCGUAAUACUCAGAAACAGCGCUACAAUAGCAUGAUACAUGGGAUAGCUGGUAUCUGUGACAGUUUUGGUGAUUUGCUGCCACUCACAAAGGUCGACACUGAUCAGACCAUCUCUAAAUACAGUGACACUGGAUUCAUCUACAACGGUAGCAAAACAGAUCCAUCUCGCAUUGAUCAGCUUGCUUUGGCUCUCCUGAAGAUCCUGCGUGAUGCAAUCAUCUAUGAAACCAAGCACACCGCCACUCCAUACUAAGGAGGUGGAUAUUCUGACCAUUGUAUAUACCCGCCUACUACUAUUAGUACCUCUUAGUACCUCUGGCUUAGAGCCACAGAGAUGGCGACGACCUCUCCACCUGCCGAUGAUUUCUUUUGCGUGCUUCACUGUUUAGCAUGACUGACUAUGCAACAUCAUUUUUUGGGCAGUUGCCAUUUGCAACACCGGCAACAGCAUUCUUUUUGGGUGUUCCACCAUGACACACCGCCUACAGCACCAAGGCAAAAUAUGGUUUAGAGGUUCACAUCGACUUUGCACACAAAGCUUUAGAAACCAACUUUGGAAUCAUGUGCUUCAUCCUACAGCCCGGUCCCUCAACGGCCUCCUCACCUGAAGGUAACGCUGGACAACAAGCUGCUCAAGUCUCCAGACUGGUUUCACCUUUGUGUGUGUUUACCUGAAGGAAACUGCUAUUAGAGCUGCACUGCAUAGCCCGCGCGAGUCAGCAGUAGCGCAUAUUGUCUCAUCGUCACAGCUGUACCUGUUGGAUGGGGCAACCAAUUUAUGAAUGAACCUGUAUCGUUAUUGCUGAACUCUAUGCUGCGUGUACUGCUACACGGAAUUCAG